GGCUGGUAAGGAGAGGAAGAAGCCGGACCGUGUGGUGUUUGACUGCCAGGAGAGAGCCUACUGGAUAGUGAACAAACCACCGCGUCAUACUCACAGUGCUAUGGACAGCGGUCUAGAGCUUCUUAUUGAUCCUAACUCGGAUGAGAAAAUCCCUUUUGACACGUACAGACGCAUGAGCCUGUUCUAUCAACAAGCUAUCAUGAGGUCAAAGGUCAAAUCUAGCGUGUCCCUUGGAGCACUGAACAAGUAUGUCGCAACCUACAAAAACCACGACCCCUUCCUCGCCCCGUGUCUACCCAGCAACCCCUGGCUAACCGACAACGACACGUACUGGACGCUCAACAUGAGACAAGUGGAGGUCCCCACUAAGAUGCGUGUGGAGCGCUGGUCCUUCAGCCUGUUCGAGCUGCUGAGCGACCUGCGAGGCCGCGACGACUUCAAGGUCUUCCUCAAGAAGGAGUUCAGCGGUGAGAACCUGGCAUUUUGGGAGGCAGCUGAAGAACUAAAGUGGGGCACUGCAUCUUCGAUGACAUCUAAAGCUGAGACCAUUUUCAAGACCUUCCUGGCCCCCGGGGCCCCCCGCUGGAUCAACAUUGAUGGCAGGACCAUGGGCCUGACGGUGAAGGGCCUGGAUCAUCCUCACCGCUACGUGCUGGAGGCCGCGCAGACACACGUAUUCCUGCUCAUGAAGAAG